GUAAUACCCAUAAUAUUGAUGGUGCUAGGUUUCUACCACCACUAGUCGUGUUUACAAUGUUUACAUUCGGGCAUCGUUAAUUAAUAAUUAUUGUUAAAUUAUUAUACUAAUAUACUAUAUUACUAUUAUAAUAUAGUGAUUAGUCCAGUCUGUCGUGGCUCUGUUGAGUAUUUAAGAUAGACAUUAAUUAUUAGAUAUUAUUGUUAUUUGUUUUUAAUAAAGCGCAUUAAUACAUCUUAUUAAACGCGUAAUUAUUACCUGACUACCGGUUUUAUAGUAGUCGCAGCCGAUAUUCUAAUUGCAAUAACUCGGACUAUUUCUGUUUGCAAUACUACAGAUAAAGUUGGUUUUGAAGUUAGCAUUUUUACCAUGAGCGAUAACGACCCGUGCGAAUGUUUUUGGAAUCAUGAGCUAUCUAUGCAACGACUGCUGUCACUGCUACGUCAGUCACAGUCGGCAUGCACGGAUAUUGAUUGCUUGGAACCAGUGCAAAGAUUGGAUGGACCAUUGGCAUCAAAUAGUGAAGAUACUAAUUUCAUCUUAUUAACCGGAAUUUGGGUUGUUGUUGCUUUGGCUUUGUACUUUAUGCGUCCUAAUCAGGCUCGUGCACAAGAGGAAACUAUAAAAAAAUUACCAUUUGGUGGAUCUGACAAUAGUGGAUCAGAUGAUCCACCAUCGCCACCUCCUCCAUCAACGGGAGCCCAGUGAUAAUAUAAUAUUUUGACGAUACAUUCUACAAGAAUUUUGAGCUCGCUCAAUCUAAAAUUCCCUUCCAUUAUUCCACAGAUAAUCAUUAUAAUCACAUAGAUUUAAGAACUUAAAAAUUUUAAUUAAAAUUUCCCACUUGACUGACAAAAUCCACUGCACUAAAAUUAAACAUCUAUUCAUUGUUUUUAAAUAACAAAAAAAAAUAUACCUUAACUUUAAACAUGAUAAAAUGUUAUUAUAUACGCACACAUAAGAUAAUACGUUUUCUUUUUCGUCUAUUAUGACUAGAGACCAGAAUAAUUGUAUGCAUUAUCAUAUUAAUACUGCGUGUAUGCACAACUAUGAGAGUUCUAAUGUGGGCUUUUCAAAUCAAGCCGAUUCCGUAGACGAAAUUUUAUUUUGUGAUUAAAGCAUAUAAUUUGUAUAUUUUAUACACUUUUCAUAAAAAAAACUUUUUAAUCUUUCCUUCCUCCUCUUUAAAAUAAAAACGAGGAUUAUUAUGUUGAUCAACAGUGAUUAAAUAAUCACGGAAAUCUUUUUGAUAAUUGAAAUUUAUAUUUUUUUUGUUGCUUGACAUAGUUUUGUUUUCAAGACUGUAUUUAUAAUAACUAUGCUCCUUACAGAAAAAAAAGAAAUAAAAACAUUUUUACUACCGCAGUUUACAAUGAAUCUUUGACCACUGAACUAAAUAUAAUAAAAAUAUAAAAUGAAUACAUGUAUAAUUUUUGGGUUAAAAUUCUAAACAUUUUUUAAUGAAUAAUAAAUGUGAUUUACUUAAAGUUUUUAUUACAAAGAUAAUUUGAUUAUCUAUACAGUCUACUUAAGAUAUUCUGUAUUAAAAAUACUCUGUAUCAUAGACUUAAAAAAAAACUAUUAACUUCUUUUUUAUUUUGGUCCAAAUGUUUAAUGAAUAUACUGCAUAUUUUGUCAUUUUCAUUAUAUUUAACAUUUUUUAGUGCAUAUAAUUCCGGUCUCUAAUUAUGACAAACAAUGAAGUUAUAUUGGUGAUGUGUGUUAGUUGAGUGGAAAAUAUUAUUAUUAAUUAUUAUACAUUAUAAUACUAUAUAUUACUUUUAUCAUAUGCAAUAAUAAGGAGAGGAAAUGUACAGAAAUGUAUUUAGUAUUUGAGUGUGUGAAUUGAUUGAUUUAUUAUAGCUGUUUUAUUUUUAAUUUAAAUCUUAUUUUAUUGUUAUUUUGUUAAAUUAAUAUUUUAAUAUAUUUACAAGAACCGAUAAAGCAUAAUAUUGUUAAUGAUGGGAAUGAAUUAAAAUUUUCCAUAAUAUGUA